AUGAUUGAGGUGUCUCCAGGCCAGGGACGUGAGGAUCAGGCUUACAUGCCCAAGAAGGGUAACGUGCACGCGAAGGAUGAUAAGAAAGGGCUCGCAAAUAAGGUCAUGGAUGAAUAUGGCGAAGACCUUUUAGACAACCAGUCCUCUAGUAAGAUUAGUAAGAAACUGGAGUCGCUCAAGGAUGACGAAGACAACAAGAAAAACGACAAGCAAAACGAGAAAUCGCAAAGUGCUGAUGAUGUUUUUGUUGCUUCAAAAGCUAGCAAGACUGAAAAACUACCAGCUCCUAACAUGAAAGGAUCAGUGGGCUCCUUUCCACUAGAAAGAAUCCAUCCCGACGAUUUUAAGCGGGCCCCCCCAAGAGAUCCAAAUAAGUACGAUACUUCUAUGACGACACCCGGUAAGAUGGACACUUUGAAGGAGUCUCAGAUCGAAGAUGCUAUCAAGUCAGAGAAUCCUGAGGUAUUGUUCCCAUGGAAGGCAAUAGCUGGAUUCGAUUCAUCUGGAACGAGCUCUUCAGGUGGGUCGAAUGCUAGAGUGAUCAAGGCGUAUAUUUUGGAAACUUUUUACAAUGAUUGGUACUCUAAUGUUGCAUUGAUUAGUGGGACCUGCUUCGGUGCUUGGCUCUGUGGUUAUAUCGGAAUGUCUUGGUGGCUACUAGGUUAUAUUUUUCUUUGUGCUGGCGCCGUGUUUGGCUCAGAAUACCGUAGAUUUGGUAGCAGUAUUAGGGACGACUUGAAAAGAACUGCGAUAGAAGAAACACUUUCUGAUAGGUCAGAAACAACUCUGUGGAUGAAUUCGUUUCUGUCCAAGUUCUGGGUGAUUUAUAUGCCGGUAUUAUCGCAACAAGUCUUGGAUAUAGUCAAUCCAUCAUUGGUGGGCGUUGCGCCAGGUUAUGGUAUCGAUGCUAUCUCAUUGGAAGAAUUUACACUUGGCUCAAAAGCACCAGCAAUCAAGGAGAUCAAGUCCAACACAAAAGCUGCAAAGGACGUGGCUGAAAUGAUCUGGUCAUUUGCAUUUACUCCAAAUGACGUUUCCGAUAUGACGCAAAGGGAAGCCAAACAAAUGAUCAAUCCAAAGGUCGUAAUGGGAGUAACUUUGGGUAAAGGUAUUAUUUCAAAAACUCUUCCAAUUAUCACAGAGGAUAUAAAUGUUUCUGGUAAAAUGCGUGUUGUACUCAAAUUUGGUCAAACUUUCCCCAACAUCAAAGUGGUCUCAGUUCAAUUACUAGAACCCCCAUUGAUCGAAUUUGCUUUGAAACCUGUUGGUGGAGAUGCCUUGGGUCUUGAUGUGAUGUCUUUCUUGCCUGGCCUGAAAUCUUUUGUUAAGACAAUGAUCAAUUCUAAUGUGGGUCCAAUGUUGUAUGCCCCUCACCAUUUGGAUGUUGAUGUUGAGGAAUUAAUCGCCUCUCAAGCUAAUGAUGCCGUUGGUGUUUUGGCUUUAACAGUAAGUUCUGCCAAAGAGUUACAAAGCUCUGAUUCUAUCACUGAUACUUUGGAUCCAUAUAUUUACUUCAAAACAGAAAAGCCAUCGCCCGGUGCUCAAAGUGACAUGCUUACCUCGAUAAAAUCAAAUAUUAAGGAUCCAGUGUGGAAUGAAACCAAAUACAUCCUGUUGAAUGAUUUAAAUCAAAGGAUCACUUUGAGCUGUUUUGAUUUUAAUGAUGCAAGAAAAGACACGUUAAUUGGAAACGCAGAAGUUAAUUUGAAGCAGCUGACUCAAGAUCCUGUCAUGACGGAUCUUACGACCGAGUUAAAGCACGGAACUCAUACUAAGGGUAGAUUGAACUACUCUAUGCACUGGUUUCCAGUUAUUCAAAAAACACCUGACGAAUCAUCUGAUGCGAUUAAGUAUCAAAACAAAGGUACAGGUGUCACAGCGCCCAACGACAAUAGUAGUGUAUCCAGUUCGGAUGAGUCUGACCAAGAGGAUGUCGCCGCAGAUGAAGAGGACGAGGAUGAAGAAUAUUCGGACGCAGGUAUUGUUAAAUUAACUUUACAAAACAUAAAAAAUUUAGUCGAAACAGAUAUGCCAUCUGGAACAUUAAGUCCUUGCGCAACCUUAUUUGCGGAUGGUAAAGAAGUAAAGAAAUUCAGAACGUUGAAGCGCAUCAAUGAGCCCUCUUGGGCAGAAACAGUAGAGUUGUUUAUUCCUUCAAGGGCAGACUCUCGUAUAACUUUAGAGGUUUACAACGACCGUUCAACAAGCAAGCCGUUACUCUCCAAGUAUUCAGCCUCUUUGGAUGAAGUCUUGACUUCUUUCUCAUUAGAGCAGCAGAGCGUCAAGGGUUCUCCAAAAGGUGACAUAUACAUGAACGCCGAGUGGAAACCAGUAAACAUGACCGGUAUAUUCUCUGCUGCUAAUACUAUUCAAGACGCUAUUGGCUUUUUGAGGUUACACAUAAAGGAUCUGAAAGUCAUUGGUGACUUAUCGGGUGUGGGCGAUAUUGAUCCAUAUUUUACGAUAGUGUAUAACGGUCAUAUCGAUUACAAGUCCAGCCACUUUUCAGCAGAGUCAAAUCCAAUGUUUAACAAGGUAUUGUAUUUCCCAAUAACUUCUUCGAAGCAAAAGAUUGUUGUUAGCACCUAUGACUACCAAAGUAUUGGAAAGGACAGAGUUAUCGGCAGUGCCGAGAUUCCACUUUCAAAAGUUCUUGAAAUGAACCCAGAGACAGGAAGGCACGUUAGCGUUGAUAAAUCAAAAGAAAAUAUCAAACUUCAAUUGGUAGAUAACAAAAAGAGAGUUUCCGAGAGCUAUGUCAAUGUUUCACUGUCUUUCACCACAACCAUUCCAGUUUAUUCUCCUGAAGAAUAUGAACUUGUUCAAGAGAAGGAAAAAGAACUGAAGAAGAAGAGAGAAGAAUUUGAGGAAGUACAAGUAGAAAGGAAAAAUGAGAUGGAUAAACGUCCAAAUGACUUUGAAUUAGUUGAAGUGGAAGAUCCAUUUGAAGAGGAAGAAAAAUCACUAACCAAAAAGGAAAGGCUAAGCAUUGAAGAAUUAAUUGGACACAAUUCGGGCAUUUUAUCUUUAGAGUUAUUCUCAGCUAAUUUUGCCAGAAAAAAUUGUUUUUUACUAAUGUAUAUCGAUGAGAUUCCCUACCCAAAAUUCACUUCUUCCAGAAGUCGUAAUGGAAAGUUGCCGGAUACAAGCACUAGUUUUUUCGUUAGGGACUUGAAAAAUAGUAAGAUUAUUUUUAGACUGUCUGAAAAACGUAUUCCAAGAGAAAAUUCGCAUAUUAUAUCUGAAGCUUCUUUUGAAACCCUUAAUUUGCUACAAAAUAGUUAUGGAAAUUCGUCAAAAGUUUCAUUUGGUGGUUCCAGUAUCGAAUUGUCAUGCUUGUAUGUGCCAUCAUCCCAGAGCAUUCCUGAAUCUGACACUGUUCUCGAUACAGGUUACUUAGAUUUGAAUGUAAUUUCUGCCAGUAACUUAUUGUCCAUGGACAGAAAUGGGUAUUCAGAUCCAUUCUUUUAUAUUUUUAUUGAUGGGGUGGAAAUUCACAAGAGUAAAAUUGUGAAGAAAACGCUUUCACCUGUAUGGAAUGAAAAAAUCAAAAUACCAGUCCCUUCAAGAAGUAGGAAUGAUGUCGAAAUUCGUUUGUAUGAUUGGGACAGAGCUGGUGACAAUGAUUCAUUAGGAUUCGUCUCAUUGGAUCUUUCUAAAAUAAAGCCAAAAAAGAAGGAGUCCUGGGAAUUACCGCUUGACACCCAAGGAACGAUCAAAAUGGAAGGUGUUUUCACAGCUUGUUAUAUGAAGCCUCCGCUGAAUGCAAACCAGAUCAAAAAAAUGAAUUUUGCAUCGGCAACCUUUAACACAAUUUCAGGUGCAGGACUUGGGACGGUGACCGGUGUUUCGAACGUGGGAUUGGGUUUGGCUACAGGAGGUAUUGGUGCAGCAACAGGGGGUCUUGAACGGGCUACAAGUGGUUUGGAUAGGGGCUUUGAUAAAGGUGCAAAAUUCUUGAAAAGUCCUUUUGGACACGACAGUUCCAAGAAAAAGAAAAAGCAGAGCCAAGCGAGCCACCCGAUUCCCUUGCCCGAAUACGAAACUCGUGGAUCUUCUGACGCAAAUCAUCGUAAAUCCUUAGGUUUUGCAGAAGCAAAGGCAUCCUUAGAUAUCGAUAGAACCGUUCCAAACAAUGAGUACGCAACGGUUCAAAAUUUGGACCCUAAGACAAAGUUACCAGCCGGUGACUCAAAUUCAUCCCCUCAGGAUGCACGUUCAGCAUCAAUCACGAGUAAGGAAAAUACACACACGAGAAAUGUGUCACAGGCCAGCUCCUUUGCCCGCACCUUGGCGCCAAACGGAACGUAUCGCGGCACGGCAACAAUCAUUGGCGCAGAGAACUUAGGUAAAGCCAUUCAAAUUAAGGUCUCGUUGGCUCAAGGCGGAAGAUUGAAAAGUAUCUACAGAACUAGAACUGUCAAAGCAGACGAAAAAGUGAUUGCCAAAUUUGAUGAAACAUGCUCUUUCAAAGCUUCACCGGAGGCUAAUCUGGUUUUCGCAGCAAUUUCUCACCAUAAAUUCACCAAAGAUAAAGAGAUCGGCAUUGCUCAAAUCACGUUGAAUGAUCCUCAAAUACAAAGGGGCGAGCAAAUAGCAAUGAGACUUGCGGACGGCCGUAUUCUCUUUAAGUUGGACUAUGGAGCAGACGAAGAUGUGCCUCCAGUCCCAACAAUUCCUGAGCAAUAUACUUGA